CAAAUGAUACCGCGUCGUUACCCGGAAGUAGUAGACAGACUGACGAGGCAGCAUUUGUUGUCUUUGAAUAUAAAUGCGUUUUUUUUAAUUGUCAUUUGUCGUUUAUGCGCGUCAACGACUCGCUGUUGUUAUUUUACGCUUUCGAUUACACAGACACGUUUGGUGACCGGCGGAUGAAUGGCGAGAGCAGUGGUGGCAGCGGCGGGCCCGACGUCUCUGUCCCGGUUUAGGGGAGCACUGGUCGCGGCUGUGCUGGGCGACUGCGUCGGCGGAGAGUUCGAGGGAGUUGAGGAGGUUCCCAUGGAGAAUGUACUGCGGCACGUAAACAGUCUGGAAGACGAGACGAAAGGAAAUGGUAUCCUUGAAUACAGUGACGACACAGCUAUGGCAAGUUGUGUGGUCCAGUCUCUGCUCACACGGGCUGGUUUUGAUGAGCAUGACAUGGCUCGCAGGUUUGCAAAGGAGUACAGCAUAUCCCCGGGUCGAGGUUAUGGUUCUGGAGUGAUCCAGGUGUUAAAGAAGCUGGCAUCUCCUCACCUUACUGAUGUGUACCAGCCAGCCAGGGAUCAGUUUAAUGGCCGGGGUUCUUUUGGGAAUGGUGGCGCAAUGAGGGCUGCCCCCUUUGCACUGGCCUUCCCAGAUGCAGCUAAUGUUAAAAAGUUUGCUCGCCUGGGUGCAAUGCUGACUCACUCUUGCUCCCUCGGCUACAAUGGCGCAGUGCUGCAAGCAUUAGCAGUACACCUUGCACUGCAGGGUGCCUUGGACCUGCCACAGACGUUCAUCAACACGCUCAUCACAGAAAUGGAGGAAGUUGAGAGUGAUGAGGUCUCACGGAGUGAUGCCAGAAUUCUUAAAGAAGCAGAGAAGCCAUUCUGUAACCGCCUUCAUCGAGUCAGAGAUUUGAUGGACAUGGACAAGGUCACCAUCGAGGAGGUCAUCUCUGAGCUAGGUAAUGGCAUUGCAGCACUCCAGUCAGUACCAACCGCCAUCUUCUGUGUUCUCCAUUGCCUGCAACCAAGGGAAUACCUUCCAGAGAACUACGGUGGCCUGGAGCGGACAAUUGCCUACAGUUUGGCCCUGGGAGGGGACACAGACACCAUAGCUUGCAUGGCUGGGGCUAUCGCUGGAGCCCACUAUGGCGUAGAGGCCAUUCCUCAGCCAUGGAUACGCUGCUGUGAGGGGGCAGAUGAUGCAGAUGUGAAUGCAAAGCGGCUUCACAUACUCUACCAUCAAGUGUCACAGGAGAUCAGGACAAAUGAUCAGAGCAGUGGAGAAACAUCUGAUAACCAUCAAAAGCCUACAAACGGCACAGAGAAGUAAACCACAAGCAAAAAAGAAAAAAAAUCCCACUGAAGUUGGGAUGCUCCAUAAAACAAUACAAUGAUUUGCAAAUCCUUUACAAUGCACAAGCGACCCUGUUCAUGGAUGGAUAAAGACAAAAUAUUUAAUGUUCAACUGAUGAAUGUUAGUUUUGUUGCAAAUAAUCUCAUUUUGUAUUAGAUGCCGGCGAUAUGGUAAAAAACAAACAAAAAAAACAGAACAG